CUGUGUGUGAUGGUAGUUGCGCUUGUCGAUUCCGCCGCAUAAGCCAAACCUGCCAAGCGGAGCCGACUUUAGUUCAAGUUUGAAAGUUGCAGUGUUUAGUGGUGCCCUUCCCCGAGUGCGUAGAAAGCCACCUAGUUUGGUCCCCUUGUCCCGUGGAGAAAGCUUUAUAAGUUUUUCAAGAAUCAAAAGAAUAUAAGCUAAGAGUGUGAUCAAUUGGCGCCCCCUUCUCCGUUCGUUUGUUUGUUGUGAUUAAAGGUACAUUGUUGACGGGUUUGUUUUCUAUUUUUUUCUCGGAGAUACUGACCGUUCAGAUUACGAAGGGGAUAAGAACGCAAACUCAAGUCUUCCGGUUUCGGAAAAUGGGAGAAUUUUAGAAGAGAGUGCGAAGUGUAUAAUUAAUGCCGCUGGCUGGUAGUUCAUUAAACUUUCAUUCGGUUUCCCUCCUGCGUGCAUCUGUUGUUCUAUUGUUUCUUACCAUCAAGUCGAAAAGGCAGUAGAGAGGAACCAUUAUACAGACGAAGUGUUCGAAAUUGGAAUCCAGUGGUGAUUUGAGCCGAAACAACAAGACGAAAGCGAUCGGAAGUUUAGAAGAACCGGUUGAAAAAGCCGCGAGCCUGCUCUGAUAACCAAUCUGAGAUUGUGCUAGCGCGAGAAGCUGUGGUGCGUGAAACUGGAACAUAUGCGGGUCCAACCGAAACAGAUUGUACAGCUGGCGAAAGCAACAAGUGUAUUUCGUGCGUGAGUGGAAUUAGCUGUUGCCGCCUAGAGGUCGAAGAGAGUUUCCUCACGCCGUAAUCAACAAGUGGCUGCAGGUUUUUCUGUUCCGAUCGCGAGAUAUUUCGGAAACUUGACGGCGCGUGACAAGUUGGUGUCGUUGUCUCCGCUGCUGAAAAAGCUGUGUUUAACAAAACGUGUUUUUUACGAAUUGGCCUUCGAGGAGAAAAAAUAAAAAUACAAAAAAAAAAAAACGUAUGUGCUUAGAUUCAUCAGAUUGAAGAAGAAAUAGCGACUCCAUUGAUGCCUUUUACCAAAUGUGUACCGAACACGGUUGAGAAAGCAGACCAUACCUUAUAACCGCUGUGAAGGUGAUUCAGUUUAAAAUAGUAUAGUAAUAAAAAUACAAAGGAAGCGGAAUAAUUGAAGCUAAUUAGUAGUGGUUUAGUUUCGUUUUUCACACUCUCGUUUGAAAGUAAAGUUUUCGGCAAUCGAUCCGGCCGUGACUCCGGGAGCAAAACAGAAAAUUCCAAGUGUACCGAAGAAAAGUGUUCCGUAAAAGAGAGUGCCGGAAUAUAUCGGUGGAAAUUAUCCAUUUACGGAUCGCAAAUAUCUGCGGUGGACCACACGGUGGUGCCACCCUAUACCCCACUCGCUUAGGUGGUGCGUUCAGUGAUUUUUUUUCGCGUGUGUGUGUUCUCCGCUUUUCGAGUGUACAACCGGAGUGACGUGCCCCUAAGUGGCCGCCUCGAACAGCCUGCAAGCUGGAUUACUUAAACAUGGAUUUCGACGACGGGGAUCUGAAGGAGCUUUGGGACACAGAUCUUGAUGCGACCAUGCAAGACACACUGAAGAUGUCCAGCUACGCGGACAUGCAGGACUGGAUGGAUCGCGAUUCGAAGCUCCCGCCUGUGAUCCUGAACGAUAAGCUGAUGACGGAUGCCAUCAUCGGCACCGGGAUGCCAAUCAAAACGGAACACUCGUACAGUCUGAAUUCCGACGGUGACUCGAUAUCGGACACUCUGCCCGAUUCGCCGCACAGUGGACAGAACAAAAUGGACGAUAUGGAAGAGGAAUGCUAUCCGGCAAUUAGCAUGAACGCCACAGCAAAUGGCCAAAACAAACAGCAGAUCAUUCACAGGCAUCAGCCGUAUCUUCCCAUUCCGAUUGCUGCCUCCGCUGGCGGGUCGACCCUCAUCUCUUUCGGUGCCCUCAAAAAUGGCACCGGUGGAGGAGGAGGCGGUGGUUCUGGCGGUAUGGUCAGCAAUUUCUCCCUGUUGAACGCUCUUCAGCAGCAAGCCAGCGUCAAUCAAUCACAGCAGGCGCAGCUUGUGCUCGGCCAAGCGAUCAGCCUGAACAACAAUCACCUCACGCUGAACAACAACCUCGUCAAAAAUUCAGCCAGCUUGCUGCUUCCUCCACCGUACUCCAGCAGCAAACGGAGCUGCUCAAAUGAUUCGUCUUCCUCCAGCUCGGGCAGCGAUGUCGAGAUCGACGAGUUGACGGUGAAGGAAGAACCGAUGUCACCCAGUUCCAGCUGCCCACCGUCUCCGGUAUGUGCCGGGGCUGGGGGUACAGUUCUCAACAGUUACGCCAUUUCGACGGUGAACCUCGCCAGUAUGGCCGCAUACACACAAUCCGAUCUUGUGUUGGAGCACAAGAACGGCACCCUCCAGCUCACACCCGCCUCGCAGAGUCUGCUAAAAAACCAGCAGAUUGUCAUAAACGGGAACACAAUCUGUCCCAUAAGCAGCAACGCUGCCACUCAAUCUGCCUCCCAGCCGAAGAUUGUGAUGUCCAAGUUGAACAUCAAAAUGGAACCGCAGUCAUCUACCUCCUUUGGGUUACCUCCAACACCUCCUUCCUCGCUGCCGAGCGAUGAAUCGGAAGGCAACCAGAGCCCGGAGCAUCACACGUCACCCAUGUCACCGCCUGCUGUGAUCUCUGCCGUGUCACCCAGCAACAGCUCGAGUAGCAGUUCUAGCAGCAGCAGCAGUAGCAGUAGCUCAAGCGGAAGUUCACCCUCCAGCCGAAGGACGUCAGUCCAUGCGGCGACUGGGGGAGCAUCCGUGUCGGCCGGACCUUCCGCGGCUCCAUCCACGACGUCCUCGAACGCAACGAACCAAGUUGUGGCUUCACGCGCCGUGGUUGCCAGUCAGAACGCAACCACAAGACAACCGAUCCACACACCCCUCAUCAGUAGUCAACCGAAAGGCUCAACAGGCACUCUCAUUCUGACCGAGGAGGAGAAACGCACCCUGCUGGCUGAGGGCUAUCCAAUCCCGACUCGACUCCCGCUAACCAAAGCCGAGGAGAAAUCCCUCAAGAAGAUUCGGCGAAAGAUAAAAAACAAGAUCUCCGCUCAGGAAAGCCGUCGAAAAAAGAAAGAAUACAUGGACCAGCUCGAGCGCCGGGUGGAGAUUCUCGUCUCAGAAAAUCUAGACUACCGGAAGCGGGUAGAGUCACUCGAGGAUUCCAACCAGAAUCUGCUGGCCGAGUUGUCCAAGCUGCGGGCGCUCAUCAACCGGCAGCAGCAAACCGUGCGGAAGAUGUAAUCAAGAGCGAGCUUCCUUCCGGACGCAAGAAACCCCAUAUCUCUGGAUUUCCUAAACUGUAACAACAAUGUACAAAGUAGUUAAUUUUGUUUUAAGAGUGUUCCGCCCAGCGGAACCGCCAGAAUUAGUUCGCGUUUUGCCUUGCUAGGAUGAUGCCGACCGAUGAGUUUUGAAGUUCUCAUGAAGUUUUCUCAACUCCCCGACCUUUCCCCGGUUAGAUGCAAAUUUUCGUGCAAUAUUUUUAUAGCGUGUCUUCCUCUGCAUGUCGUCGCUGACGACGGCGGUACUAUUUAUUUUUAGGCAAAUUUUUCGACCCCUACCCGAACCUUCUUGCAACUCUCGGCUGAGGCCACAACCACAGGUGCAGCACCACACCACCCUAGUAACAAUUUUGGUUUUAUCAAAGUGUGAUAGCGCUUACUACUGCCAAAACAGCGCUAUAAAACUUUGAUAAAACCAGUUUUGUUACUUGGGCAGACAAGAGAUAUUAAGAUUGAUUACAUUAAAACAAAGUGCAUUCCAUUAACACAGUUAGCUAGUUUAGGGUCGAAGGAUUGUUGCAAAAACUGCUCAACCCGGAGGCAGUUUGUUACUAGUUAGUAGGAUCUAAGUAAAAAGCAUAGUUGAAGCAUGUAGGAAGGAGAGUAUUUUUUGUAAGAGACCAAUUUCGCAAGUUAAAGUAGAAACGAACCGAAUCGAUCGAGUGUGCCUUGAAUGCAACGCCUUAUGAAGUUGGGUUUCGCGAUCGAACGCCGUGCGGCGCGGCUUACCCGUGCCGCCAGCGUAGAAAGCUUAUCAUUUUACUGCACAAAAACAGAAACGCUUGCAGCCCUCCCUCUGGUGGCGGCUAGCUUUGACUAGUAGAACCAACGGCAAACGUUUAAUCGUAGCAAGCUGUCGAAAGACGGUUGCUCGCUUGACAGUGGAUGCAGUUUUCAGCACCUAGAUAGAUAAGUUAAUUUUGUUUAAAACAAUAUUAUAGUAACAUUUUUCGUUACAGCUGCUUGCAAGCCUAAUCGUUAGUGUUUAAGUUGUUUUUUCUUCUCUCUGUUCAAUGAAUGAUUUGUGUACAUACAAUAAGUGCAGAAACAGUGGAUUAACCGGGUAUAAAACUUUGUACGAAACACGUUUUCCUGCAAGACGCAGGGCGGACAUCGGCAACGGUUGUAAAUAGCAAGAGGAAAACACGAAGGUACAAGUUUUUUUUCUCAAAUUCUUUAACAGAAUCCCCUCUUUCGGAGUAACUCAAUCAAAUUGAGCGGACGUAAUUGUUUUUCAUGUUGAAAUUUAUUCCCCUUCGUCGGUAGCAGAUUGUAGAUUACUAGAUUUUGUUGUUGUUGAUGUAAAGUUUUGGCAGGACGGGCAGGAAACGGAAGUACGAGUACUUACGGGAACCAAUUGAUAUAAAUAUAAAACGCCGUAUAUUUUUUUUCUUCUAGGUUAGUCAAUACUUUCGAAUCGAAGUUAGUUGAUCGAAGAGUGAGAAGACGAUAAGAGAAUAUAUUUUAUAUACAAGUGUACAUUGUUAAUCAAACGAUAGAAUAACCAAACAUUCAAGCUUAACUACUUAACGAUAACGAGAAGAUAGGAGAAGUUUGCUAGGUUUACAAAGAUCUAAAUUUGAGAAAUGGAGGUAUUGUCCCGGGGAACACAAGCAGCCGGGAGGCAUUUUUGUACUUUGAAUUUUAGAAAAUAUGUUGAUAAUGCUAGACAAAAGUGCAGUCGCUUACUGGAGACGCUCUGCGAGAGACCUAAUCUACACUAUUUAUGAAUUGGUGGUUUCUGCUUAGCAACAAAACCAAUCCGAAAUAGUUAAGAACGGAGUAAACAAGACCCCUAGUUUAGUAGCUGUAAGUGAAGACAGAGAAAAAAUAAUCUAUUUCUGCCAUUUUAACGAUUAGUUUAACUUGAGGAUAAGCAAGGAAAGAAGAAAAACUAUUAGAAUUGAAUGAAUAAUUGUAAUAUUUAAGCUAGCUCAGUAAGCGCUAUUUCGAUGACUGAUAAAAUCAUACUGAUGAUCAGAGAAAGUAAUCAUAAUUGACCAACAAUCUUCCGCAAUUGUCAUCUAAUACACGGCUAAUUAUUGUGCAAUUUAUACCUUUUUUUCUUAUUUAAAUUGUUAUCUAUAUUUUGUUCAUGUUUAUUAUUUGUCUAUUAUUUUUAAACAAAACAAAAAUCCAUAAAAUAUGUUACCUACAUCAUUUUGAAUUUAGUCAUAAGCUGCUGAUAUCUUAACUAAUUUGAGUAGUAUUAUUAAUACAGACAAACACACACACGCAACACUUCUAAUUGCAAGCUCUUCUAUAUAACGAUGCUAUUCCGACUGUAACCGCAAUCGAUGAACCAAGAAUUUACUAGCAUUGCGCAUAUUGCAAGCAUUUAUGAAAUGACUGUAUGUAGUUUACCAGCGUAAAAAUCUAUUCAUACAACAGAGAACCACAGUUGAAAAAAAAAAAACGCAAACGUGUCCAAAUCCACAACAAACUAAAUACAUCCAUACCUUAGGCACACUGACAUAAAACACACACAUACACAUAUAUACAGAUAAAUCGAGCGAGUUAAAAAAGCCAACAUUGAGUCAAUGAAAAUCAAAACAGAAAAUAAGAAACCUAACUCAGCUAAGCAAAACAUCUGCUCAAACUUCUCUGUAAAAGUUACUUAACGAAAAACGAAAGGAAAAUAAAAUUGCAUCUUAUUAUCGA